AUGGACUAUAUGAAAGCAGCAUCAUUUCUAUCCACUCCUUUCGAAAAAAGAGUUUAUGGGCUUCCAUUUGGACAAACCACUCCAACUUUGAUCGGGUUUUCAUCAAAAGAAGGUGGAUCCUUUGGAAAUUCUCAAUUCUCAUUUAGAAGGCUAGACAUCUAGUAAAUGGAUUCUGGUUUGAGCAAGGCACAUAGUUCUCUCGAAAAUGAAAUAGAGGGAACAUCAUCAAAAAUAGAUGAAGAUUCAUACAAGGAGUUGUCUACUUUGGUGAGGAUAAGGGAUUUUAUCAUGCUCUUGUUGACUUAUCCAAUGAAAUUAGAUGAGGAAGAUAUAUUGAAAUCCUGGAUUGGUGCAUUUUCUGAAUGGAAAACUCAGUUAUUGUCCAUGGAUGGUGAUACUGCGAUGGAAAAACCAUGGCAUGAACCAACUAAGAAGGUAUUGAGACGUAUGCAAGGAUUUAUGCCAAGGGGUAUAAUAAGUCAAAUAGAACGUGGUGAGAGAUCCAUCUGCAAACAUAAUAAUGAUUUAACACCAGAAGCCAUUCUCCAUAUGACUGUUGAUCUCGCAGUUAACCAGCUAAUUCAGACUUUGUUUUCGAGAGAUUAUUCUGAAUGCUAUGUCAGGAUGUUAACCACAAACUUGAUUGAGAAAAGAUCUGUUUUGAAUAAAAUAGUAGCAGCCUUGGAAGAGAAGAAGCACUACACGUUUGGUACUGACAAAGAUUUUCUCAGACCCCUAUGGAUCAAUGCCUCAACAUAUGAGAGUGAUGCAGAGGUUCGAGUUCAAGAAGAGAUUAAUACAAUGAUGGCAGCAGGUUUUUCUGCGACAAGCACUAGGCAUUUGGUGAUUGUAGUGGAUGCUGACAGCAACAAGAAGUUGGACCUCCAAAAAGUGCAUUUUCCAACUGGAAUUGUGGUGUUGAUAACAAAUGAACCAUUAACACAAGCAGAUAAGGAUGAUGACUUUAGAAUGACAUGCACAAUGGACUUGAAUAUUAGGAUCCAUGAUCAUCUGUUGCCUUGGGAAGUCUUUUGCAGCUAUGUGGGCAAUAUCAAUGUACAUUCUUCAUCAAUGGCCUUUCAGAGAAUUGCAGUGCAAAUAGUUGAAGAAUGCCAUGGUCAUCUUUUUGCCAUUGUCCUUGUGGCAAAUUACUUGAAAAAUGUGAAAGAUGUUAAAGACUGGGAACUUGCACUUACCAAAUUAAGCAGCCUGAAUUAUUUCUAUGAUUAUCAAGGUAGUGACCGAAUUGGCAUUUAUAGGGUAAUGGUCAAUGCAUUGCUAAAUAUUAUAUGGGAAGACAUUGAUGAUACACGAAAGAUGUGCCUUGAAAUCAGUUUGUUUGUUCACAACAUUAAAAUUGGGGUGACAAAAGCAAUCUUAGUGUCAAAUUGGGAAAAUAUAUAUGCUGAAUUCAUUACGCAAGCACGUUAUGACUUCUUAAAGCUUGCAGACUGUUUUGUCUUGUUGAAAAAUGAAAAUGAUGAUGUCUAUUUGCCAAUAGAAACUUAUGAUAUAAUAAAUUCAUUACACACCUCGAAUCCUUCCAUCAUAAGACAUGUUGCAGCAGGAUUGACGGAACCACCUCACAUUGGACGAUGGCAUGGCCUUAUUCGGAUGGAAUUGAUGGACAAUAAAAUAUGUGAGCUACCGCAAUCACCAAAAUGUCCUAAACUCAAAGUAUUGUGGUUACAGGGCAAUGUUGAUUUAAUGGAUAUCCCUGACUCAUUUUUCAACCACAUGCCUCUGCUACGACACUUAGACUUAUCCUAUACUAGUAUAAGGAAUUUGCCUCUUUCUUUCUUUAAAUUAAUACAACUUCGGAAAUUUUAUCUUAGAGGUUGUGAUCUCUUCAUGGAACUACCACCGGAAAUCAGACAUUUGAAGAAUCUUGAAGAGCUUGAUCUUGAAGGGACUUUGAUUACCCAUUUGCCAAAAGAGGUCGGAGAACUGAUGAAACUGCAAAGCUUAACCGCCAGCUUUGAUGAAUACCAUCAUGGCAAAAAAGAAGAGCAAAUUUCUAACUCAAUAAUUCCUCCAGGUGUGAUAUCAAAUCUUGCUUUGUUGAAUUGUUUAAGCAUCAAUGUUGACCCUGGAGAUGAGCGAUGGAAUGAGAAUGUUACUAGUGUUUUGAUGGAAAUUUUUGGAUCAAACACGUUGGAGACGGUGAAUAUAUAUGUCCCAAGGGCUGAACUUCUGGAAUGCAUUCCCUCCACAAGAUUCCUCAAUUUCAAAUUGGUUGUUGGUCAUCAUGUGAAACGGUUCAUAUCGCGUGUAACACCUGAAUUGGAGCAAAAAUUCAAAAAUUGUGACUAUAGUAUAAAGUUUGUUAAUGGUGUAAAUGUUCCAAAUGGAGUGAAAAUGAAUCUUGGACAUUUCAAGGCCUUGUACCUAGACCGACAUAUGACCAUCAAAAGUCUAUCUGAUUUUGAGUUGAGGAAUUUAUCUGGGCUACAAGUAUGCAUAUUGGCGGAAUGUAAUGAAAUGGAAACAAUUGUACAUGGAAAUAACUUACAUGAUGAGCUAGCUCUUCCAAAAUUGCAGUUUUUGAGUGUAUUCUAUAUGAAGAAUUUAAGAAGCAUUCGGGAAGGGUCUAGUCUCUCCUUUUUCCACUUAAAAUCUAUAGCAUUGCACACUUGUCCCAUGUUAACUACCAUUUUCACAUCAGAUUCUUUGAACACGCUUUUCUUUUUAGAGGAGAUUAUUGUUGAAGAUUGUCCAAAAGUAACCACCCUGAUAAGCCAUGACUCAUCAGAACAAAAAUCAAUGUUUCACCUUCCCAAGUUGAGAAGAGUGUUACUUUUGUAUCUUCCUGAGUUGGUCAACAUUUUUAAUGGCCUGUGUGCUGAACACAAGUUACAAGAAAUGGUAUUUUAUUAUUGUCCAAAACUCCAAAGUUUUUCGAAAUGGGAGUUGUCAAGCAAAUCUUUGAAGAUUAUCAAAGGAGAAAGCAUAUGGUGGGAAACAUUGAAAUGGAAUGCAGCUGAGUGGGAAGAUGUUGGUGGACCAAAAUUUUUUGAUCAUUUUUUUUCACCAAUUAAUGAGGUGAGUGACAUGAUGAUCCAACUUGGUGCACAUCAAGAGACUCAACUAAGUACAUUUCUCGAUGAGAAUAAGUUACAGAGAAAAAGAAAGAAAUUUGUUCCACUCGAAGGUCCACACCCACCAUCUCUGAGAAUAGGCAAAGAAUCUGACACAUUUGGGCUUAGAAAGUCGCGUAAGGCCGCUAAGACUCAGACAUUUUCUAUAAACACAACCGUCGGUGAAUUCGGGAACCUGGUUCGGCACUACACUGGACAACGACAAUCCUUGAGUGAAAAAACAAGUUUUUCAGACAAGGAAAGCAUUGAGGGUGAAGUGGAUGACAUAACACACAUCGUACAAGAUAUGACAUGUGGUGGUGUUGAGUAGAGCAUGAUUGUUAGCUGUGGGCGCGAAACUUUCUUUUCUUCUCUUCUUCCAUUCUUCUCUUCCUGGAGCUCGGAACCUUCUCUACCGAGGUAAGGGAAGCUAGAUUCGUGUUUGGUUGUGUGGAAAUGAGUUAGAAACUCAUGAGUUGUUUGAUGUUGGAUGAUUAAGAGGCUGAUUAGAAGAAAUUGUGUUUUCGGGUUUUGGGGUGAAAGGGUGAAAUUUGGGAAUUUUGAUGUAUUUAUGAUUGCAUGCUAAAAAUGAGUUGGUUUUCGUGUUGUUUGAUGAAAAUGUGGAGUUUUGGGCGGAUUGCAUGUGUAUGGAUUGCUUGUUUUUGCAGGUUUUGGUGAAGAUUUUUGAACUUGGAGAGUUGUUGCUUGGUAGGGCACCGGGCGCAGUUCUUGGCGUCGGGCGCGUGACCAUCAAAGGGCUCUAUUGGUCAAGCCCGCCAGGCGAGCUUGAGAAUGGAAGCCCCUAGAUGGCUCACGUCGGGCGUGUUUGGACUGCGCUGGGUGCGAUAUCAGUUAGGGACUCACCUUUUUGGGGUUUUGGUCUGGCGUCGGGCGUGACUACGUCUCGCCGGGCGUGGAGACUC